AUGGCCCUGAAUUCCAGUGAUUUCCUGCUGCCCAAGUCGAUUGAUAGACUCCACUCCCUGUUUGAGUCUAUAGAUGCUAACCACAGUGGUGCAAUCUCUAUCAAUGAGCUGGAAGAUGCCUGUGCCAAACUGUCACUGUUAGUCACUCAAGAAGACUUGGUAAACUUUACAGGCACUGAUAAAAAUAAUGAUCAGCAGUUAGAUUUCACAGAAUUUCAAAAUUUCUAUGUUCACCAAUUGAAGAGAGUGUUUACGGAACUAGAUGGUGAUGCUAGUGGUGAAAUCGAUGUUGAAGAGCUCAAGACUGCUUUCAAUCGAUUAGGUUUUCAAGUUACGACUCAGGAAGUCAAGGCAUUACUCAAUGAAGUUGAUAAAGACAAAAACGGGUCUGUCGAUUUCAAAGAAUUCUGUAAUUUCUUCUGCUCACUGCCAUCACCUGAUCUCCGUUUAAUAGUGCAGCAAUGGGCAACCGGACUCGCCAUUGACACAGGAGCUGACUUUGCGCCCCCUCCUCUGCCUCCUUCCUCACUUGUGCUGUGGAAGGCCAUAUUCGCUGGUGGAGUGGCUGGUAUCAUGUCCAGAACAACGACUGCCCCUCUAGAGAAGUUAAAGCUGCUAGCUCAGACUGGGUCGAGAGUGCCGCUGGUAUCCACACUGAUGUCCACAUGGAGAAAAGGCGGGUGGAGUGGUUUGUUUGCUGGGAAUGGAGCCAACUGUUUGCGGGUCUUCCCUUUCGCCGGGCUAGUGUGUCUCACAUAUGCCAACAUUGCUCAUAAAUUUCCCCUAGAUUCUGGAACAUUGUCGCUGAAUAUGGCUGGGCGUAUGUGUGUUGGUGGUCUAGCUGGGCUUGUGGCUACCAUAGUUACACACCCUAUGGAUGUGGUCAGGGCUAGGCUCACUGUGCAAGAUUCGUCCAGCAAAGUUUACCGAGGCAUUACACAUGCUCUUGCAGACAUUGCGGCAAAGGAGAAGUUGCGAGGCCUCUACAAAGGUGUGGGCCCCACUCUACUGGCAAUAGUCCCUUUCAUCGCAAUACAACAGUCCAGCUAUGAUGUGAUGAAGCAAUACGCUCUGGGUUGCAACCUCCAACCAAGCAUUUCAUUGUUUCUUCUUUGUGGAAGUCUAGCUGGAGUUGUCGCACAGACUUCUGUGUACCCACUGGACGUUGUUAGAAGAAGAAUGCAAGUCAGUGGAUUGUCCUCGCCUGCUGCAGCUGGAGGACGUCAAACCGCGUGGACAGUUUUACGAUCGCUUACAGCCAGACAAUUAUUUUCUGGCUUGUCAGCUACAUAUAUGAAAAUUGUUCCUUCAGCAGCCGUUAGUGUUUUAGUACGAGAUGCCAUUCUUGGGCGAUUGAAACAGAAUUGACUACAUAUUUAUAGCAUAAUAUUAUGUCAUCCCUAUAAUUUUUAAUUAUGAUCAUGGUUAAUGG